AUGUCAUUGGAAAUUGAAGUUACCGAACAACCUUUUGAUAGAGAAUUAAAAAUCCUCUCUCCACCAACGAAUGCAACUCAGAUAGCUGAAUUGCCAGAGACAGCUUAUAAGUUAGAACCUAAUGAGAUCAAGAAACUCUAUCAAUCUGCUGUAGAGCGUCGACAGAAUCUCGAGAAUAGGCAAGUACGAGGACAGCCAGUUGAACGAUCACCUUUAAAGACUCAAAAGAUGAGGGAUGGUGAAGAUCAAGAAAAGCUUAAAAAGUAUCCAAAGACAACCAUUCGUAUUCGUAUGCCAGAUCACACCAUUGUACAAGCUGUAUUUCAGACUAAAGAAAGAGGUAAAAUGGCAAGACGAUCACAUUAA